UGCUUCGCUGGGUUGCUAAAGGAUCUCUCGGCAGUCAGUGGCUGGUUGGCUGGAUGGUGGUGGGUUGGUUGGUUGCCCGUUUGUUUGUUUGUUUGUUUGUUCGUUUGUUCGUUUGUUUGUUUGUCCUUCAUCAGCACUUGCUUGGUUCGUGAGAGUCGGGGCGGAACACAGAGCUGCUGUUGCUGCUGGAGCAAGAGCCGGGAGGAGUGCCUACAAGCCAGAGAGCGCAUUCAAACGUCCCCCACCAGCGGUCGCCAAGCUGCUGCACCAGAGAAGCAGUAUUAACAGUACCAGAGAAGCAGUAUUAACAGCACCAGGCUCCGCCAGGCAUUUAGUAUCUUCUGUUGCAGAAUUGAUUGUUAUUUCCUCCAGUGCAGCCCUGGCCGGGCCUACGAGGUAGGCAGGGCGGAGGGAGGGCCCCACUUAGGGCCUCAUAAAUGCUGCCAUGGGUGAUAAGUCGGAGGAGAAAUCUGCUGUUUCGGUGGGAUCACAAUUUUGAAGCAGCCUGGAUCACAUUCAAGCGUGGUGGACAAAAGGAUGUAAAGGGGUUUUUCGGAGCUGGGGACGGAAGGCGUCUCGGCUAGCUCGGAGCCCCGGCUAGGAUAGUAAACCGAUCAUUCAGCAGUACUCUGGUGUUAAUGAGUGGGGAACAGCCUUGAAGCUCAAAACCCACUGACUUGCCCCUCGGUGUCGGUCACAGCAAGCCCUGCAGCUCGGCAAUUCAAGCGGGGUUGUCACUAGACCUUUGCGGAGUCUCGUACUUGUGCUGCCGCUAGCGGAUUCCGCACUCGGGCACCGUGCAGGUUUGCCGACCCCGAAUCGUCCCUUGCCUUCCAGUGUUUCUGAGAGCUUGGUUUCCAGUUUAUCUAAGAGUCUGGAUCGUCGGUCUGAGCGUGUGAGUGUAGGUGAGGAAGUUCGUGGACCUCAGGUAGCUGUGGCGAGGUUUAGUAGUGCUGGGAGGCGAAACCAAGCCUGCGGGAUGUGGUAGCGAUGGAGGUUGCUUGGAGAGGGUCAGAGCUGUGCGGUCCAGUGCUGGACAUAAAGAGUAAGCGCGCAUGGGGGGCAGAUGCCCAUAAAUUGAUGCAACUGAUGAUGGGCCAGAUUCCGUCCGAGGAUACGAAGCCAGCAGCAGCCACGGAAUCAAGUGUCACUCUGGAUUUGUUUUGCAAGGCUGAUCCAUCUCCGCGCUGCGCAGUGCAAUUGGGUAUCGCCUGUAAUACAACCUCCUCGCCGGGGUUUCUGGAACUUGACCCCAGUGAGGAACCCCUCCCUUCCGGCUGGGAGAAAUGCCUGGACCUCAAGACAGGCAAGCUCUACUACGUGAACAAGAGCUCUGGUGUGAGCAGCUUGGACAAUCCCCGGAAGCGAUGCACUACCGACCUAUCACUCGCCCAUGAGUUUCUGGGCAGUAAGAAGUCCGAGACUCUCCAGCAAGAGAAUUUGAUAGCAUCAUCCUCUUCCUCGUCAGGAAAUCCUCGCCAAUGCAGCAGACAGAAGCAGCAGCAGCAUUCCCAGCUCUCGUUGUUUGCUACGGGAAAGCAGCAGUGGAACUUGCAGCCUGACGAUCGUCGUGGUCCUCUGAACUGCCGAUACUCCCCGGAACCGGCGGAGGAGCCUGAAUUCCACUUGGAACUGGACCUGAAUUUGUCCACGGGGGGCGCGUCCUCUCCCUCGCGUCGUCCGGAGCAACAAACUGUGUGCACCAUGGAGAUGAUCCAAAACGCACUCAAGAGAACAGAGUCGAAACCCAGUCUCAUCAAGCGGGAGUUUCUGCCCACUCUGCAGCACAAGUACUCUUCCUUCACAUCUGUCGUCUCCGCCCACUCUGGGUCGUCGGGUGCGUCUCCAUCCACAAGCAGUUCCUCGUCUACUUCCCCAUGGCUCGGUCACGGAGCAGCCCCUCUGGACGAGUCGCGGCAAUCCUUCAAGUCAUCCAUCACAGGAUGUGAAGCUGAAUGUGCGAAAGCUGAGAACGUCGCCGCCGGCUCUUGUGAGCUCGUAAUGGCAGCUUGCACGCGGUGCCUCACGUACGUGAUGCUGAGCAGAGGCGAUGCAAGAUGUCCCAGAUGUGAGGCCGAGGUGCCAGUGAAGUUCGGCAGCGCUCCUGUUUCCAAGAGACAGAGAGUAGGGCCUUCCUACGAUCCAGACAGAAGGUAGUUGCGAAAGAUGCAGAGAACAGUAGGUUAGAUUUUUGUGUACUCAAUUUUGGGUUAUUUCUUAGGAACUGUCUUGGAUCCGUGUAAAAUCAACCUUUUUCGCGGAAUUCUCCACCAGCUUCAGCGUUUGAGAUUUAACCAGGGAGAGGGAUUGGCUAAUACUCGUUCAGAGUGGGUUUGAACGCAUUCUCCUCUUUUUUGUAUACUACACAUGUAGCAGUUUUUACGUCUUGUGGCCCGCUCAUCAGCAGCGGCAUCAACUUGUACCAUGGCUUCGUUGUUAAUGCAUAAAUAAUGACCAUCUACUUCACUGGA